AUGCUACGUUCGACUUGGAAUUGUGGCAAUGGGCUCAUGGCCACCAUCCAGAACACGGUGACUUCCCACCCAAGGACAUGGGCACACUCUGGCUGGAACUCGCAUCGCAACAGAUGCCGCCGGCCUUACUCGAAGCACGUCUUGCUGAAGGUGGUUGUGGCUUCUCUGCCUUCGUUUCUCACAUUGCAAACCGGGCAAAGACACCAUAGGGGCAGAAGUGUGAGAGCUCGCGCAAUCCAUGGUCUGCGAAUGCGACUUCCUCCCGGAGCGACAGUUUACUUGACAGGCGUGGCACAAGAGCUUGAAGGAGAACCAUGUGAAGUUCUGAGCUUCGACAGAUCUGGGAGGUGGCUGGUUCGCUUUUUGCAUCCGCGCUUUCGCGAUCGUACGGCUCUUGUCCCUGAGCAGUGCUUGCUGUUCGGGUACUGCAUCCAGCCUGAGCACGCCACGAGUCCGGCAUCGCUGUCGACUUCCAUCGCGCUGGUGGAUACGCCUCGAGCCGGAAGGGGCUUGGAAGUCGUGGAGCCCAUGGCGGCUGGCAGUUCUUUGUUCAAGGAGAUGCCGUUCCUUUUGACAGCGAACGACGUCAAUGAAGUUUGCAGAGCUCAUCUCAAGAUGCGUGCUGCAGCGGGAAAGGACGAUUCCCAAGGAAAGGCGCUCGAAGCCUUCGCAUCUCUUUCUGCUGGCGACGGCUUCGAUGCGCAGGCCUUGGCGAGAGUGCAGGCUCAGGCAAGCGAAGUUUGGCAGGCUAUGAACUUUGGACGGUCAGAACAGCCGGAUGCUGCUCAGAUUCGGAAUCUGGCAGAGGUCCUGCUGCGUUGGGAGGCCAACCGUUUUCUGCAAAAGCAGUCCAGCAUGGACACCUUGAGUGAAUCGAGGGCCGAGCCUGACCUCUAUGCUGUUUUCUCUCUCGUCAGCCUCUUGAACCACUCAUGUGCUCCGACUGUGCGACUGCACCAAGUCUUUCAGCCUUUGCAACCAGGGUCACAAGUGCCCGACGACGGAGCUUGCGUGAUACAGGCUGUUCGGGACCUCCGGCCAGGAGAUGCAUUAGUGGUGAAUUACGGGAUGCCAGAGUUGCUCCAGUGGCCUGUGGAGCAACGGCGCGAGUUUCAAACCAGUAUUUGCUUCGAAACAAUGGCUUCUGCUGCCAGUGCCCGCGCUGUCGGUUUGCAAGACUAUGCGCUGCCCAGCCGUGUGCCACAGGUGCUGAACUGUGGGCAUACCUUCUGCAGCAGCUGCUUAGAGCAGGUUGCAAAUGCUGGAAAAUUCAGGUGUCCAACUUGUCGAGAGGAGAGCUCCGCAACUGAGAUACGUGUGAAUUUCGCCUUGCGAGACGCGCUCGUUGGAAAGGAGUCUCCGUCCACGGUGGCUGCAGCUAGAAUCAUCGAGGCAGAGGCCAUAGACCCUCCCACUGAAGAUGAGGAGGCCGUGACUUUGCGCUAUAGCGCCAAUUGUGAAGUCAAAGCAGUCACAGGAGACGACACUUUGGAGGGAAAGAAAAAGCUCUAG